UCAACAGCGUAGCUUCCUUUGCUAACUAACGUUAGAGACAGCGGCAGAGGUUUCGUCCUCCGUUAACCACCAUGGCGUCAACUGAGAUAGCGAGGCAAGCGGGUGACGGUGCUCGUGCUGUCCCUCUGGCAGGCCAUGUCGGCUUUGACAGCAUGCCUGAUCAGCUGGUCAACAAAUCUGUCAACCACGGAUUCUGCUUUAACAUCCUCUGUGUUGGCGAGACGGGUCUCGGGAAGUCCACCCUCAUGGACACGUUGUUCAACACCAAGUUUGAGGGCGAGCCCACCCAGCACAACCAGCCGGGAGUCACGCUCAAAUCCAACACCUAUGAGCUCCAGGAGAGUAACGUGCGCCUCAAACUCACCGUCGUCAACACCGUCGGCUUCGGAGACCAGAUCAACAAAGAAGACAGCUACAAGUCUAUCGUGGAGUUCAUUGAUGCCCAGUUUGAAGCGUAUCUACAAGAGGAGCUGAAAAUAAAGCGCACGCUACACAGCUACCACGACACCCGCAUCCACGCAUGCCUGUAUUUCAUCGCUCCCACGGGACACUCGCUCAAAUCCCUGGACUUGGUGACCAUGAAGAAACUCGAUAGCAAGGUCAACAUUAUCCCAAUCGUCGCCAAGUCGGACGCCAUCUCCAAGAGCGAGCUGGCUAAGUUCAAAAUCAAAAUCACCAGCGAGCUGGUCAGCAACGGAGUGCAGAUCUACCAGUUCCCCACUGAUGACGAGUCUGUGGCAGAGAUCAACUCCACCAUGAACAGCCAUUUGCCAUUUGCUGUUGUGGGGAGCACAGAGGAGGUGAAGAUUGGGAACAAGAUGGUGAAGGCCCGGCAGUACCCCUGGGGGACGGUGCAGGUGGAAAACGAGAAUCACUGUGACUUCGUCAAGCUGCGAGAAAUGCUGAUUAGAGUGAACAUGGAGGACCUGCGAGAGCAGACUCACACACGCCACUAUGAGCUCUACCGCCGUUGCAAACUGGAGGAGAUGGGCUUCAAAGACACAGACCCCGACAGCAAGCCCUUCAGUCUUCAGGAGACGUACGAAGCUAAGAGGAACGAGUUCAUGGGCGAGCUGCAGAAGAAAGAAGAAGAAAUGAGGCAAAUGUUUGUCCAAAGAGUCAAAGAGAAGGAGGGUGAGCUCAAAGAGGCGGAGAAAGAGCUGCAUGAGAAGUUUGACCGUCUGAAGAAGCUCCACCAGGACGAAAAAAAGAAGCUGGAGGACAAGAGGAAGUCCCUGGAUGACGAGCUCAACAUGUUCAAACAGAAAAAGACUGCCGCAGAGCUCUUGCAGAACCAAGCCCAGCAGGCAGGGGGCUCCACCACACUCAAGAGGGACAAAGAGAGGAAAAAUAAUCCCUGGCUCUGCACUGAGUAGGCCCUCAGCCCUCAAGCUUUGCUAAGGGACCGGCCUUUGUGGGUACUGAGUACCUCAAAUGUGACCAGAGGCUUUGUGGACCCCAUCCUUCAGGGUUUCUCAAUCAUGACCUGCUCUGCUAUCAUUUUGAUUAAUGUGUAUCUGUGUUUCUCUGCAGCUCUAACCUCAGCUUCUCCUUGUUGGCCUCUGCUUAUGUUUAUAUGUGCACUGUUUGUUUUUUGGGCUGUUACUAACACCUUUUCACUUGAUGGAAAUUAUAUGCGCACUUGUUCAUUUAUUGUCGUAUUUGGAUAAUUAUUAACUCCUUUUUUCUUUUGUAAACUGGACCACAGGCAAGAUGUGAUCAUUUCACAGUUUAACAAUCAUGCAGCAUCAUCAGUUGGCACAAUAUAAUCUCAGUUUUAUGCUUUAUUGUGUUGCUUGAACAACUAUGCUCCCAGGGAUUUUUACCACCUAACUUUGUAUUUACGAUAAUCAAACAUAGAUAUGUUUUCUACUUGAAUUCAGAUGCACUUCUAUAUCUCAAGCGUGUGGUUUUUUUGUAAGAGUUUCUGCUUUGCCACCUCUCUAACUGCCGGCUUUCUCUUUCUUUGUCUCUUCAGCUUCUUUUAAUCUGUCUUGACCACCUGAAGAGAGGAUUGCAGCUUCAGCAAGAACUAAGCAUCCUUCACCUCUCCCCGUUUUUCUCGCUGUAUCGACCCUUUUCUAUUCUCCCCAUCGUAUCUCCUCCUUUUUAAUUUUUUUAUUUUUUUGAUUAUGGCCUUAUGUCGACUCACAUGGUAUUUCUGACGACCGAGUGAAGCUCUAAACCCAUGCAGGUUGGGAACCGGGCACAGUUUUAAAUCUGCUAAUAUGUCUUAAUGUAUAUAAAGAGAAGCUUGUAGUUCAUAGAAAUCAUCAGUUAGGUUUCACACACAUUUACAGGACUCAUGUGAAAUCAUUUGAAUUACAAUGUCCUGGACUAUGCACUCAUCUUUUUAAUAGGAUUCUUAAUACAUGCUACGGAAACAUUGAGGCUUGCUGAUUAAAGACGAACUCAUCAAGUCAAGAAGCACUAUGUAUAACGUGUUAUGAAUGAGUAAUCAUGUUGUUUUCUCGAAUCAAGUCCAGUUUUAAAUGAAAACCACCUGCCUUCAGGUAUUCUGAACACUAAAAGUAAAUUAAUGCAAAAGCCAAAGCAAUAUUCCUACUUCCACUCCAUUUGAUGUUGCCCAUGUUUACAAGUCACUGUUGAAUACCAUGGAGGUCACAUGUAAUGGCCUUUUUAUUACACGUUGUGCUUUAAUAUUCACCGGCCUAUUCUAUAUUUUUUGCAUGCAUCUUUUAUUUGAUUACCUCUUUGAUAUUUGACCUGUUUGUUUUUUUUAAUCUCCUAAUAAUUCAGUUUUGCAAUCUAUUUCAACUUCAUUGCUGUUUUCUUCAAAUGGUGCAUAUUAUUAGCGUGUAUUUCCUCUGUCCUAUCAUUUCAGCUCCCUUUUUUGCCAAAUAUUAGUGUAAGAUGGAGUUGACCUCAAUCCCAGAUAGGAGUAUUAAAAAGAUACUCAUGCAUUUGUAUAAUUUAUAAGGAAAUAUUUUGUGUAUUGAAGUGGAGACUUGUGGUUUAUUACCUAUGACCUUUGGACGUGAAUCUGAGUGUAAAGUAACAUUUGGUGUCAUAAAAUGCCAUAAAUUUUUCUAGUAUCAGUCACCACCUCUUGUAGUCAAAGACUUUCCCACACUACAAAUAAUUAAAUAUCUUACUUUAGUUUCAUUCCAUUCAUGUACAUUUUCAAUAAAACAAAAUAUGAUCCAAACA